AUGCUGGGCAUCUUCUCGCGAAUACUGCAGAAUCGCCCAUGCUCAUCGAUCGUCUCAGCGGCCAGCGCAUCCGGACGAUGGUGGCCACAGCCAGAGUAUGAAUUCUCGAAGCACCGGACGCGCGCCCCCACCUUUGGCAUUCAUCGCCGGACACGAUUAAUGGUGGUGGACAAUUCGACGUUGGGCAAAGAGGCGCACGCCAGCGGCAAAUUGGCCUACUGUAUCCACACGUACAAACAGGGAAAACGGCCGAAACACAUGCCCAAAGCCGGACUCGGUGAUAAGAUUCUGGUGGCGAUCCGUGGGCAAAUGCGGAAGGCAUACGUUGUGGGUGCCCAUGUUCAUCGACAAAUGAGACAACACGGCGUACCCAGCACUGACACCAAUAAUAUUGUGUUGCUAGAAGAAGAGGGAAAUCCGCUGGGGAACCGUGUAAUGAAGCCGAUCCCCGCCAAACUGCUCGAGAAGCGCGAUCAUGCCCAAUUCUCCAAAGUGCUCGCCCUCGCCAACAAAUAUAUC